AUGGGCUUGAAUUCUUCUGGAGCACUGGUGGUAUGGAUCCCUAUUGGAGCCUGCCCCGCGGGCCCAACGGCUCCGGUGGGAGGAUACUGGGACUCUCCGGCCCCGAGGCUAGAAGGUGCUGUGGUCGCCGCUCUCGCCGCCUCAGGUGCUGCUAGCUAUGCCUGCUCGGGACCCCACCUGUCACCAGGAGGGGAACAUGGAGGAGGAAGCAGUAGCUGCAGAGCUGCCAACAGCCUGGUCAGAGCCUCAGUCGUCGGGCUCCGUCUUCCUGAUGCCCUGGCCUCCUGGGACACUGAUGGAGAUGAGGUUGUGAUAUUUCAGGACCCAGUGACCUUCCAGGAAGUGUCGAUGGACUUCUCCCAGGAGGAAUGGGCCCAGCUGGCCCCCGCUCAAAAAAUCCUGUACCAAGACGUGAUGCUGGAGAACUACAGGAACCUGACUUCUGUGGGGUAUCAUCUCCGCAAGCCCCGCCUGCUCACCCAGAGGGAGCUGAGAACCCGGAAGAGGAGACUUCUCCAAGACACCUGUGCAGACCAGAAUUCUCAGCUUAAAACCCAAGAGACCACGGCUGGAAGGAAUAAAGUUUGGGAAAAACCACUUACUGGCAGGAAAGGGGCACCAGCUCAACCUAGAAAGAAGUCCUAUGAACAGAGUCUGUGUGGAAAAGCCAUCAGAAGGAAUCCUGACCUGACUACUAAGAGGAAUUACACAGGCGCGAAACGCGAUGAACGUAAAGAAUGUGGGGAAGCAUUUAGUUAUCCUUCCUUCCUUGGGGUGCACGUGUGAUCACACACUGGUGAGAAAACCUACAAGUGUUCUCAGUGUGGGAAGGCUUUCAGUUGCAACUCCUCUCUCGGGCCGCACGCAUGAAUUCAUCCUGGAGAGGAACCGUGUAAGUGUGGCUAGUGUGGGUAGAUCUUCAGCUCUACCUCGAGCCUCGCUCUAGCCAAGAGGAUGCACACUCAGGAGAAGCUGUGUGAAUGCAGUGACUGUGGGAAGGCCUUCGUCAGGAGCAGUGACCGGACAGUGCGUAGUGCACACGGGCGAGAAAUGCCGCCAGUGAAGUGAUGCGGCAAAACCUCUAGCAGAAAGUUCUUUCUGAUGGCGCACAUGAGAACCCAUACUGGGGAGAAGCCCUACCCAGUCAGCGCCUGCAGAAAAGCCUUCCAUACGAGCUCUAAGGCGACUGCCCACAAGAGACUACAUGCAAGAGGGAAGAUGUAGCAGUGUCAGAAGCUCUCCAGUCAUCAUUCAUCACGUAGGAAACACGUGAGGAUGCACACUGAAGACAGGUCUGGGAGUGGAAGCCGAGAAAGGCUCAUCCGUCCCACAGGAGAGCAACUCUAUGAAUAGCUUUGGUAUGGGGGGAAGCCUGCUGGGGCUUAAACUACUGCACAAGGAAAUUCAGAGUGGCAGGGAAAACAUAUAAACGUGAAGAAUGUGGGCUUGCUUUUAUUAGGUCCUAUCUUGAAGCUGGAAAUCUAGCUCAUUAAUUUUCAGUCUGUGUUUUUGAAUUUAAGCAGUUAAGGCCAUAGAUAUCCUGCUAAAUACCCUAUUUGACUACAUUACAUGUGUAUGUGCUCAGUCAUGAAGCCGUGUCUGACUCUUUGCCACCCUAGGACUGUAGCCCUCCAGGCUUCUCUGUUCAUGGGAUUUUCCAGGCAAAAAUACUGGAGUGGAUUGCUAUUUCCUCCUCCAGGGGAUCUUCCUGACCCAGGGAUCAAACCUGCGUCUCCUGCAUUGGCAAGUAGAGUCUUUACCACUGAGCCACUGGUUGAACCCGCACAUGGGUUUUAAGCUAAGGUUUUUAAAACUUUGGUUUAGUUCUAAGUAUCAUCUGAUAUAUCUAUUAGACCUGUUUUAACUCACAGUGUCACUUUACUUUUUAAGCCUAUCAAAAUACUACUUCACUUGAAUUUCAUCCAGACUCUCUCCUUCCCCCCAGUCCUCUAAUACCCCUGUGUCUUCCGUGGUUUGGUGGGACACCCGGUGGUUCCUCAGGGAUGUCGUUUCUUGUGUAACAAGUUGGUAAAUCUGACCUUGUUACACUAUAGGUUUUGUCCUUGGUGGUCUUUGGCUGAUUUGUGUUGGGACAAUAAUGUGUAGCCACGAAUACACUCUGCUAGAAAUGAGAAUACAUUUAGAUUCUCAUCUUCUAAAAUGUUCCUAAAAUACCCUUCUAAAAUGUUUUCCUAUACAUUGUUGAUUUUUAUUUAUGGUGUCAGCUUUUGUUGUUCAGUCGCUAAGUCGAACAUAAUUUCUAUUCAAAGUUGGGAGAUGAACUCCAGGAAAUGGAAUUUUGUGCUGAUUGUUGAACCACAGUUUUUUAAACAUCUCUGCUCAUUUUAUAUCUGCCAUUUCCAAGACCAAGAAAAGAAAUCUUUAAAUGUAUUUUUCAUGCAGGCAGCUGUUUCUUUGAACCUCUCUCUGGUGAAUGAUGUUUAAUUUUAUAAUUCUGUCUGAAAAGUUACCUUGCAUGUAAAAUGCACCAUUUUAAAUGUCACAGGUUGAUGAAAUUUGACCAGUGUGUAAACCUCUAUAAUCACCAUCCGAAUUAGGAUAUAAAACAUUACCAUCUUCCCAGAAAGAAUAACAUUGAUUUUUCCUAUCAUUAACAAAGCUGUAAACUGUGGAAAUGAAAAUGCUUUUGUGUUCCAUAAUAAAAGCAGCAAUUUGAUAGGGAAAAAAAAAAUUGCCUGGUGGAAAUUUCCAGUGGGUAGGACUCCAUGCUUUACUGUAGGAGGUGCAUGUUCUAUCACUAUUUGGGGAACUUAAGAUCCCGCAAGCUGCAUAGCAGCAAAAAACAACAACAAAAACCCUCAAUAAACAACAUGACUUUAAGCCUGGCAGUUUAACCUGAGUAGACAGCCUAGAAGCUGAUCGCCUCAUCAUGCAUGGCCACAUCACACGACGUGAUAGGCCAGUGUCCUUCUCAGUGCCCUAAUCAAGAGCUUUGUACAGGACUCUAAACACCUUAAAGCAGUUGCGUUGGGGGUUAAUUUGCAGAGCAGAUUUACUGUUCUAAGUUAGGCCAGUCUGAUGUAUUUCUUUCUCAGCCCUCCAAAACAGUAGGGUUUUUAAAAAUUGUAUAUUUAAAUUUAUUUGACUGUGCCAAGUCUUCGUUGUGAUCCGUGUGAUCUAGUUCCCCAACCAGGGAUCAAACCCAGGCUCCCUGCAUUGGGAACACAGAGUGUUAACCCCUGGACCAACAGGGUAGUCCCCCCCACGCACACUAGUUUAACUCUUUGUGUUUUGUGCAUAUUUCUAAACCUACACUUUAAGACAGGGGUUUGCAAACUUUUUUGGUAAAUGGGGAGAUAUUAAAUAUUUUUGAUUUGGUGGGCCAGAUGAUCUCUGUUACAACUACUCAGCUCUACCAUGGCCACAGAAAAUACAUAAAUAAACAGGUGUGGCUGUGCACCAUCAAAACUAUACAAAAACAGAAGCCAGGCUGGCUUAUCCUUAUUUCAAGGCAGAGGUUGCAUUAAGAAAGUGGAAAAAGGAGACUCGUGCUUUCGAAAAGCACUGCACCUUAUUGGCUUAUUUAUUAAAAAAAAAAACAAAAAACAAAACACUCACAGAACUUUGAAGUGUGGACACUGGAUCCUCAGUAUGUAAGAAAUUGGGAAUUUCCUGACGGUCCAGUGGUUAGGACUUGGUGCUCUCACUGCAGUGAUUCUGCGUUCAGUCCCUGGUUGGGGAACUAAGAUCCCACAAGCUGAGAGGCCUGGCCAAAGUUAGAAAUAUUAAAAAAAAGUUAAUUUCGAUCAACAAAUGUGAUCUUGAGGGAAAAGGGAAACUAGGAAAUGCAGCUUCCAAAGUUCAGAGAAUACACAUUGCUGGUGGGAACUUAAAAUGGUGUUGGUUGUAACUGAAAACCACUUGACCCUAAAGAGAAAUCAAAAGCUGUCCAAAGACUUGCACACAAGUGUUCAAAACAUAUGUCAUGAUAGCCAAAAAGAGAAAACCCCAAAUUUCCCUUUGGGGAGCUGGAGAAUGAAUAAAUAAAAUAUAGUUAACUGUACAAUGAAAUAUUAUUUGGCCAUACAAAUACAUGAAGUUUUUUUUCUUUUUUUCCUUUCAAUUUUUUAACUGUGCCAUGCAGCAUGUGGGAUCUUAGUUCCCAACUGGGGACAGAACUUCUGCCGUGGAAGCUUGGUGUCUUAACCACUUGACCACCAGGGAAGUCACGGAAACGAAUGAACCUUGCAAAACAUGCUCAGUGAAUGAAACCAGUCACAAAGGACCACAGACUGUAUUAGCCCAUUUAUGUGACAUAUCCAGAUUAGGCAGAGAGGGCAUAGAAACAGAAAUGAGGUCCACUUUUGCCUGGGCUGGUGGGGAGAACCUGAUUAACUAUGCAGGCAUGAGGGAUCUUACUGGGGUAAUGGAAAUGUUCUAAAACUGGUUCAUGCUGAUAGUUGCACAGUGUGAUACGUUGACUAUAAAUCAUUUGAGCUGUACAUUUCAAAUGUGUGAGUUUUAUGGUAUGUGAGUGAUACCCCACUAAAGUUGUUUUAAAAGCUUCUUCCAUUGUGCAUUCAUUUUGGUAAACAUAGCUACUGUCUUCAUCAUGGCAGGAUAGACCCAUAAUACUCAGUUGUGAAGUCAUCCUUGUAAUUGUGGCAUUCCUCGGAGAGGACAGUCACUGUCUGUUUUCUCAAAUGCUGGUAUUCAAUUGUUAAUGAAUCUUCUUUGGACUGAAUGAAUGAUCUAAAGAUCAUUCAUCUAAAUGAUCUAACUCAUUUAUUGGGGUUCAGUUGGGGGUAUUUAUCUUGGAGUGUCAUCUUCUCUUUCAGGGUCUUCUUCCUUUUAACCCAUAGUUUCCAUGCUACACUUUUUAAUUUGGUUCUUUUCCUUGUGUCGUUUAGACGUCUUUUUGGACUUCUUGUGAGAAAUGGCAUGGUUUUCUUUCCUAGAAUCUGAAUACUUCACACUGUAUUUCUGGAGAAGACCUAGAGGUAUAUGUGUCUUGCUGGUCCUCAUAGAGAGUUCUCUUUGUUGAGUCUGUUCAUAGCAAAUUUGAUACACUCCUGUCUAAUAACUGAUGGGUAGAUCGUUGGGGGGAUUUCUACAGAUAAUCAUAUCUACAUAUACAGAUAGAUUUCAUUUGCUCCUUUUAAAUUCUUACCACUUUCUUAUGCUCUUGUUGCCUAUCUCUGGCAGGGGCUUUUGAAUCCUAUUGAUUAGAAGGGGCCUUCUGCACCUCCUGAUCUUAAAGGGCAUUGUAUUCCUAUUGUAUCAAAGUGUUGUCUGCUGUUAAAUUUUGGUGGAUGACUUUAUCAGGAUGAGAAAGUUGCCUUCUUCUCCUAGGGCAUUAGUGUUCUUUCUUAAGAACAGGCAUUGCAUUUUUUUUUUUAACAAAAUCGAAUGUCUGUUCUGCAUCUCGUGAGAUGAUAGUAUUUGUUCAUUGAUGUAUUUCAAAACCCCUGGAACAAGGAUAGAACUCAUAGCAGGCACUCAAUAAGUAUUUGUUGAAUGAAUGAAUGAAUACAGGUAGCUUUUUUUUUUUUUUUUUAAACAUGUCUGUGUGGUAAAUGACUUGAAUUGACUCUUCUACUGUGCUAUUAACCUUGCAUUCCUGGCUAACUCUGCCCUCUCAUAUCUACUACACAGCACUGCUCCCAGUUUGCUAGCUAGGAUUUUUGCAUCGUUGAGUGACAUCAGAUUGCAAAUUUCCCUUUGUGAUGCUGUUCUUUUGUUGUUGGGAUAUGCCAGCCUCAUAAAGUUAGUUGGGGAAAUUCCCUCAAAGUCCAUGCCUUCACUCACCAAUUAUCAACUUUUUUUUUGGACAACUGUUUUAUGUUUUCCCUCCUCAUGUAUGUCCAGCUUUUUUUUUGGACAACUGUUUUAUGUUUUCCCUCCUCAUGUAUGUCCGACUUGUUGCGACCCCAUGGGCUGUAUAGCCUGCCAGCCUCCUCUGUCCGUGGGAUUUUCCAGGCAAGAAUCCUGGAGUGGGUAGCCAUUCCCUUCUCCAGGGGAUCUGAGCCACCAGGGAAGCCCCCUUUCUUUUUUUAAUGGGUGAGCCAUUACAAACAUAAGACUUCGUUAGCAUUCAUCCCAAGACCCAGGAUAUUGUCAAAAAUAGAAAGAUCUCCCCUUCCUCUAGGCUGACCGUUAGUCUGCCACAGUUUCAUGGACGUUGGCCAGAGACACCAGAUUUCUGGAUCAGAGACUUAAGGGCUUUAUUAACAGUGCAGGAGGCCACAGAUUCUUCACAUUCCUGUUGAUUUUCCUUGACUCCCAAGUUGCACAAGGGUGAUGUGAAAUGACCCACGUGGCUGCUACACAUGAAGUCAGUUUGUGUCACAGCUCAGGAACCCCAGGGUUUUCUAAUGAGCUGUAAACAAAUCUGCCCCAUCUUUGCCUGGGAGGGAGACUUAACUUUCUGACACUGGAUUGCAAACAUACCUGCCCUCUGCUCCGAGGAUGUCUACUCGAUAAGCAUCCUCAAGGACACAGUCCAGAACAGAGCAGGACAUGUGGAACUGUGAGUUAUCCCAUGGAGAACCAUCUCCCAAUGGACAUUUCCUCUGUAAUCAAAAUAUAAUGAAUAUACAUAUGAAAUUUAACAUGGAUAAAAUGUUAGAGCAUACAACCUCUAAUCAAAUUUCUCCCCACAAAUAUCCUUUCUUGAAGAUUCAAAAUAUAAUUUUUUAAGUUAUUUUUAAAAAAAACCUUGGGAAUUCCUUGGUGGUCCACUGUUUAGGGCUCUGCACUCUCUGCCAAGGGGCCUGCUGGGUUCAAUCCCUGGUCUGGGAACUAAGAUUCCACAAGCUACGAGAUACAGCUGAAAAAAAAAACAAAAAACUUACAUAACAAGUCCUGGGAAAAUAGACACUUAAAUAUAGCCUUCUGAAAAUAGUGACUUGAUUCAACCCAGAAGAAUCAGGUAAGACCAGGAAAUGGAUGCUCGCACAGAAAACUUUUUUUUUUUUUUUCAUGGAAGUUGUGAAAGCCCUCAUGAGCACCCAUCCUUCUAUGUCACACGUAAGGACAAAUAGAGAAGGGUCGUGUUAGUGUAACGACUAUGGAUGGGCCUUCAGAUGGGACCUUCGCUUACUAUUUACAAGAGAACUCAUUUUGAGAGAGGGGCUCUGUCAAUGUUAUGAAUGUGGGUUUGGCUUUAUGCUACAUUCUUUUUUUAAAAAAUUACUGAAGUAAAGAUGAUUUACAGUGUUGUGUUAGUUUCAGGUGUUCAGCAAAGUGAUUCAGUUAUAUGUGCCUGUAUAUAUUGUUUCCAGAUUCUUUUCCCUUCUAGACAUAGCCCCCAGUGCUGCGUUUUUUACAUGGACCCCGAGCUCAUUAGUUUCUUGGCUUUUCCUUGCGUAAUAUAAAUGCUCAAGGCCACAUAUAUCACUCUAAAUGUCCUCCAAGUUAUUCAACAAGUUGUGAUGGGUGAUCUUAUUACUUAUUGUGGCUCAGUUCUAAAUACUGUCUUAUUUCCGUUUUGACAGCCCCUUACACAUGGGUUAUUCAGGAAUAUGUCUUCUAGAUGCGGUGCCGGGGUUUCUCGGUCGCCUUGUUUUUCAUUUCCAUUCUAGUUGUCUGUGGUUGGAGUCAGUGACCUGUAGGAUGUGGAAUCUUUGGCAUCUGUUGGGACUUUAUGGGCCCAGUGCAGCAGACAUUGCUCUGUGUCCACUCUUCCCACUUCCUACUAUCACAACCUGGGUUUUGCUCAACUUGUUAAAUGUUAGCAAAACAAAAAACAGCAAACCCAGCUUGCUCUCUCCAUCUUUUUUCUUUUUUUAAAAAUUAUUUAUCAUUGGAUGUGCUAGGUAUUUGUUGCUGCAGACAGGCUUUCUGUAGCUGGGGUGAGCAGGGGCUACUUUCUCUUAUGGGGCGCAGGCCUCUCAUUGUGCUGGCUUCUCUUGUGGAGCAUGGGCUUCAGUUGUUGUGGUGCAGAGGCCCAGUUGCUGCGCAGCAUAUGGGAUCUUCCUGGGCUAGGGAUCGAACCCAUGUCUCCUGCAUUGGCAGGCAGAUUCUCAUCCACUGAGCCACCAGGAAAGUCCCUCCCCAUCUUUCCUGAAGGAAUGCCUCACAGCCCUGGCACAUGGCAGAGAGGCAGAAUCACUGGUGUGAUUUCUAGGAAAGCUGUUGUAAAGGGGACAAUCCCAUGCCUGUUAUCUUACUCUCUUUCUCCUUGGGCCUUCCUCCUUCUUUCUGCCUGGAAAGUAAAUACAAUGCCUGGGAUUGGAAGAAGGUGACCAGUAGGCAGAAGCCACAGGCAAAGAUGGUGCUGCCAGAACACAAGGCUUCCUUGCUUCUCAGCAAUUUCUCUGAGUGGCUGUACCGACACUGAACUGCUUAUCUCUAGACUCAUGCAUGGUACAUGAGAAAAAGAAAGAUUCUUUUUUUUUUUUUUUUUAAAGUCUCCACUGUAGUUUCAUGAUGGGGGAGCUAUCAAGAGUUUUUUCUUUAUUUCUCUUAGGAGUUUAAAAAUUUUUUUAUUUGACUGCAUUGGGUUUUAGUUGCAGCACACAGGAUCUUCGUUUCGUCAUGUGGGGUCUUUUGUUACGGCACACAGGCUUCUCUCUAGUUGUGGCUCACAAGCUUAAUUGCUCCACAGCAUGUGGGAUCUUAGUUCCUGGACCAGGGAUUGAACCCGCAUUCCCCUGUGCUGCAACAUGGAAUCUUAACCACUGGAUCGCCAAGCAAGUGGUCCUGCCAAGUGUUUAUCACUCCCGUUGAGUACAGCGUCUGCUGGUGUGGUUGCCAGGAGAGCCCGCAUCUUGGGUUCCCACCUCAUGGGCUUGGUUUGCUAGUGGCCUGGUUGCUGCCCCGCGCAGAACCUCCCUCUGGGGUCGUGCUAAGACUGCUCCUGGCAGGGACUAAGCCUGGCAGGAGUGCUAGUACAAGCCCAUCCCUGUAGGUCAUGGGCUCUUCCACUGAUGGCCACAGUUCAAGAACCCCCCACUGGUCUGGCCCAAACUUGGCUAGACUGUUCCUCUGUCUGGGACUGUCCUGACCCAGCCUUCCUCCACCUUUCUCUGUUCCUUCUGACUGAACUUGACCGCAGGUAACAGAAUAUCAAUGGGAGUCAUUGAUAAACUUGUCAAAGCUGAUUCUGUGACCUGCUGUCCACAAAAACCUGAUUGAAAUGGGUUCAGAAGAAACUAGGAGAAAAAUUGGAGACAGCAAGGAGAAAGAUUUUUUUAGGUCUAUUUUGUUCAAUAUUAUUAUUAAAAAAGCCACGCCAGUCUUCUGUCAGAUAGUUCUCCCGCCUCAUGUUAAGCCUUCGGUGUACUUUAGAGGUGUCUCUUGUAAAAAGGAUGUAGCUGGAUCCCAACCCCCAUGUCAGUCCACUCUGAAAGUAUCUUUCAAUCUGUAAACCCGUCUAGUUUUUUAUUGUGAUUUCUAAUGUAUUAGAUUAACUUCUACCACCUCAUAGUUCUGAUUUCUAUUCAGAUUUCUUUUAAAAAAUGGCAACAGAGAAGAUUUGAUGCAAAUGUAUAGGUACAGUUAAAAAACAAACAAUCAACUUGUGAUGCUUUAGUCGCUAAGUCAUGUCCGACUCUUACGACCGCAUGGACUGCAGUCCUCCAGGCUCCUCUGUCCAUAGGACUCUCCAGGCAAGAAUACUGGAGUGGGUUGCCAUUUCCUUCCCCAGGGUAAUAUUAUGUAUCCCCUGCCAAAAGAAGAAAAAAGAAUGCAAGUAAACAACAGGUGAAAUACAGAUGUCUGUACCUGAGUUAAUAAUAUUCCGGCAAUGUCAGUAUGUAAGGCAUUGUCAUUAGGAGAUGCCGGACAAAGAGUCCAUGGGACCUCAGUACUAUUUUUGUAAUUUCUUGUGAUCCUUAAAUUAUUCAAAAUAAAACAUGGCUAAAAAUUGAGAAAGGAACAACACUACCUAAAUGAAUAGUGUGUUAAUACUUUCCUACUUUUGCUCACUCAUUUUUGAGAUUUAUUUAAGUCACAUGAAACUAUAAUUUAUAUAAUUGCUACAUAAGAGUCUUUUGUAUGAAUGUACACAACUUACUUAUCCAGUCUACAGUGGAUGGGCCUCUCUGGGUAGUUUGUAGCUUUUAUCCUUUAUUAAAGAAGUUGCCAUAAACAUUCUUGUACACCUCCCAUGAACUCACUGGGUGUAGAAUAUUUAUGUUCAGAUUUCUUUUGUAUUUUAUGUAAAAUGUAUCUCAUUGCUGAUUACUAAUGAGAAUGGGCAUCUUUUUAUAUUUAUUGGCUCUUGUGAGUUUCCCUUUGGAAAUUACCUUUACAUGCUUUUGCUAAUUUCUGUCUGUAUCUUUGUCAUUUCUCUAUGUUAUAGGAGUGUGAUAUUUCUGAUGCCAGUUCUUUUCUCCUUGUCAAUGCCCCUCUUUAUGGCGUCUUGAUGAACAGUGAUUCUGAACUUUAAUCUGUUAGUUUCUGUGUCUCAUUCCCAAACUCCAAUUAUAAAUAUGUUCAACUUCAUUGUCUUCUUCAGCUUUUGAUGUUUGGUUUCAUGUUUAAAUUCUCAAUCAACCUGAAAUUGACUUUUGUUUGUGACAGAGUAUGACAAGUUUAUUGAUAAUGAUUUCAGAUUCCACAGUGCAACUAAUCUUUAAUAAAUAAAUGACCACUUGGUAAUACUGGUACUGUAUCAAAGAAGACUUUUCAAUUAUCUGAAGAGGCUAUAAAAAUACUUCCCCCUACCAUCUGUGUAUCUGUAUGUAGCUGAAUUUCUUCACCUACUUCAAUCAAAACAACAUACCACAGCAGAAUGAUUGUAAAAGCAAGUAUGAGAAUACAACCGUUCCUGUUAAGUAGACAUUAAAGAGAUAAUGCAAAAAUGUAAAAUAAUGCCACUCUUUUAAUUUUUUGUUUUGGAAAAUAUACUUAAAAAAUAAAGUACUAUUUAUUUAUGUUUA